AUGCCUCGGCUUAUGUGGAAUAAAAUGCUAGCAAAAAAGGAAACUUCAGAAGGUGAAAUAUGUAGAAACAAAUAUGUUCGGAACAGAUUUGCGUAUGAUGGAGAUAAGAAUCUGUAUACAUUGGGGCCUCUUCCAGAGAACAAUUUUGAAUUCAUGGUGGUUCUUCAGGAAUCUUUUGCAAAGCAAUGUAUCUACAACUAUGAUCUGACGCCUGGAUCUGUUAUUGAUUUUCUGCUAGCUAACCAGAACGCUUGUGAACCUUGUUACAUUGACUGGGCAAAGGCCAAAAGAAUGCUAAAAAACAUAAGAAUUAAGACAAGACACAACAGGGAGUUCAAGAUCAUUGGUUUGAGUGACAAGCCUUGCAAUCAGCUCUUUUUCCCACUGAAAGUGAAAAACAGUGAUGGUGCCUAUGAUGGAGGACAGACUACAGAGAUUAUGGAAUACAAGUAUUUUUCCAAACAUCGGAAUAUUGAACUUAUUCUGCAUGUAUGCAUUGCCUUGAUGCUG